GAAUGGAGAAGAAGAAGAAGAAGCAUGGAGUUGCAGCUCGCGAUAAGAGGAAAAGGAAAUCGAAACCGAAACCCUCAUCGUGUGAGCUUCAUGUUCAAGUGUCGAAUGCCAAUGCCAUCUUCUCUUUGAUACUCGCAUCCCUCUCCAAUCUCCACCAACACCACUCUCUUCCCUUCAUCACCAAAUGCUUAUUCAAAAUUCGCCCUUCCCUUCUUCUCUCCCAAACCUCCCUGAGACCCAUUCUCUCUUUGCUUCCAACUCUCCUCCGCUCCACGCAUUCCAAAAUCGCGUGCCGUGCGGCAGAUAUCAUUGGCGCGGCUUCGCUCGUUUCGUUGGACAUGAACGAGGAGAUUGCUUCGGAUUCUGAAACUGUGAAGGGAUUAAUCUCACUGUUGAAUAAUCCGAAUCGAAAGGUUAUGUUUUCUGCCUGCAACGCCGUAUUGGACUUGUCCACUACCACCUUUGGUCAACAACAACUUCUCAAGUUUUCUGCCUUGGAGAAGCUAAUGUUUGUAUUUCUUCAUAUUUUUAAGUGUUUAAAGUCCGUCUGUUUAUGGACUGAGGGCGAUGAAAGCUUUCACUCUCUUAAGAUUGGGAUCAAGGAAGAUGAACUCUCAUUGGCAUUUCUCAGUGCAACCGUUAUUCUUAUCAAUGCCUGUGAGGUUGAGCAACUGCAGAAUAUCCCAAGUAGUCUUUCUGAAGCAUUCCUGAGCCUUUUAAAAGAGAUAAGGGCACACGUAAGUGAUCAUGGGGUAGUCAAAGGUGCUAUGAAAUCUAACCAAGGAGGACAUAUUUGUAAAAGCAACAUUGGAGUUUGUAAUCUUGCAGAAAGCAUCUUUAGGCUUUCCAUUAAUGCCUCUCGACUUAGGGUCUCUGCCCCUUUUGAAGUGGUCAAAAGAGGUCUUUUUGGUACAAGUGAUUCUAGUUUUGAAGAUUUUAUAUCAAAUUACUGGGAAGUUUCACCUUUUCUUCUAACAAGGACAUUAAAGGAUCACGAUAUGCAUGAUAUGUUUUGCCCAUUUAUACAAUCUUUGAGCUGGAAUGGGAGCGUUCCUUCCCUUCUUUCCUCAAUUCUUCAAGGUUUAGUGUCUUGUUUUCCUAUUGCCUCAGAUGAGCAAGACAUCCUCAAUUUUCUGAAUGAGGUGAAAGAUAGAUUGGGUUGUCCUAUAACCUAUCAGCAGGAUAUUCGAGUUGUAAAAACCGAGAGUCAAUCAGGAAAAGAGAUGCAUUACUUUCGGGACCUUCAUCCAGGCUUUAUUAAGGAACCUCUGUAUUUUACUAUUGGUGAUGUCUUAAAUUGUGGUCAAGCAUAUAAAGAGGGUUAUACUGUUGCCCUACGUGGUCUGGAGUUUCGCUAUCAGAGCAUUGCUGCUAUUGCAGAUACAUUAGCACUUAUGUUUGGCCAACCUUCAGUAGGUGCCAAUUUGUACUUAACACCACCUAAUUCUCAGGGGUUGGCUUGCCACUUUGAUGAUCACUGCGUAUUUGUAUGCCAGAUUUUUGGUUCCAAGCAUUGGACGGUAUUUUCUCGACCCAGUCCACUGUUACCUCGAUUAUAUGAUAAUCUACAUGGUUCUGAUAUUGAUUGUACAAAAGCUGGUAGAAGAGAGUUCUUUCUCAAUGAGGGUGAUGUAUUAUAUAUUCCCAGAGGUUUUCCUCAUGAAGCUCAUACAAACUCUGGUGUUGGUGAUGGUUCUCCUGGGUUUUCAUUGCACCUUACACUUAGUAUUGAAGUUGAACCUCCUUUCGAGUGGGAAGGAGUAGCUCAUUUUGCACUUCACUGCUGGAGUGAAAACCGGAAAAGACCAUGCUGUGAUGGCUUGAACUCUUUGUCUCAAAAACUUGAUCUUGUGUCUGUAAAUCUGUUACAUGUUGCCAUUGGGAUCAUUGGCAAUUUUGAUCCUAGCUUUCGCAAAGCAUGCUUGACUGCUGCAGUUUCCUUGCCACCAGGUGUUUAUAAUAGGCUUGUUCAGAGUCAGAGAAACACUUUUGUCCACUUACUUGAUAAAAUUCGUUCUGAAUCUAGGUUCUUGGAAGUGCUGAGUUGCAUAGAGGUUGCAAUUCAGAAAAGUGAAGAUCCAUUCCAGCAAAUCCGAUGGCUUAGGGUUCUUCAUAUGGAAAAAGACACCAGCAGUGGAUACAACACAAAUAAAUCAUUCAUGAUUGAAGAUAUACUCUCCAUGUGUACCCGACACAAGGACAAAUUAGAAGCUGCUUUUUUGAAUGUGAAGUCUAGGUUUUGUAGUGAGGUGGUAUUUGAGGAUGUAGUAACAAGUCACAGGAUGCUACUUCAGAAGUAUACAAAGACUAGAAAGCAAUAUGUUAAUGGAAUGGUUUCACUUCAUGAUAAAUUGUAGUACCACUAUUUUAUUUUUAUUUUUAUUUUCACUGCUUGGCAUCAUUAGUGUCUUAGCCGCCGACUCAUCAGGUUUUGUUUGUUUUUGUAAGCUAUAGCUUACAAGUUAUGUAUGGAAGUA